AGUUCACCUCCCGGAGAGUCCAGCUUGAAGAAGAUUUCGCCUGCUAUUAUCACCCACUCACUUUACAACAACCCAACCAACCACCUACCACUUUCAAGAUGAAAGCCUCCAUUGCUGCCCUCGGCCUCGCUGCCACCUUGGCCAACGCCACGGCCUUCCGCCCCGAGCACUGGCACUACAGGCGUGACAACUCGACCCUGCCCAGUGACGCCCAGACCACCCUGACCGUCAUUGCCACUGAGGUCCACACCGUCACCAGCUGUGCGCCCACCGUCACCAACUGCCCAGCCAACCCCACCGACAUCGAGGAGCUGCCCGAGACCGACAAGACCACCUACAUCGAGACCAUCACCAGGGACAUCACCACCACCGUCUGCCCCGUCUCCGAGGCCCCCGCCAUCUCCUCCUCCAUCAUCGAGUCGGCCACCAAGACGGGCGCCAUCCCCACCGACGGUGACAACGUCCCCGCCACCGGGGCCGCCUCCGAGGCCCUGCCCGUGGCGACCACCACGGCCCCCGUGAGCCUCACCACCCAGACCUCGGAGGUUGUCGAGGACCAGACCAUGACCAUCACCCACGGCUCUGGCGACGUCGAGACCACCGUCGUCCACACCACCUACCAGACCACCGUCACCGUGCCCUGCAGUGUCACCCCCGGCGAGGAGGAGUCCAGCGCCUCUGAGGAGUCCACCACUACCACUACUGCCACCACCACCAACACCGUCACCCUCACCGUCGAGCCUCCUGCUGCCACUGACUCUGAGUCCUCCCCUGAGGGUGGCAGCGGUGGCAUCCCCAGCGACACCGAGGGUGACAACAGCGAGGGUGACAGCAGCAAUGACGGUUCUUGCGUCUGCCCCUCUGCUGUCACCGUCACUGUCCCUGCCUCGACCGUCUACAUCACCAUGGGCGGUGACGAGUCUGCCCCCACCGCUACCCCUACCGGCUCCGUCGAGCACGAGACCGAGGCUGAGGACGAGGAUGCCGCGGACGGUGAGGACGACGAGGAUGUGGAUGAUGAUGAGGACGAGUACGACGAGUGCGAGCCCGACGAGACCACCACUCUCACCGCGACCACCCACAUCCCCUACCCCACCGGCAACGGUACCGGGCCCAUUGUCCCUGGCCCUACCGGCUUCGCCAAGCGCUUCCGCUUCUAAGCUGACUGCGUGAGCGUGCGUUGGAGCACUCCUGCGCCCUUGGAGGGUACUGCGUUGGAUAGACUCGGGGAUGCGUGGCGAUCACGGGAUCAUUUUCAUUCUUGGAAACUGUAUAUAGUUGUUGGUUCUUGUAUUGGGGGUUAGUAGAAAAAGGUAGAGAGAAAACGUUGGAAGAAAUCUUAUCAUGAUGAUGAAACGAUCAUGACAUCUGCAUCCAAGGGACCACCAGGGUCGAAUAGUCUCCAUUGUGAUUGCACUCUGCUUGUGGUAUGAUAAAUCGGU